AUGGAAGACGACGACGGAUUGUUAUUAAAUUUCUCUACAGCGGAAGUUUCUGCUCCUGCUCCACAACGUUCUAAGAUCACUGGUGGUAGAUGGAAAGAUCGUCGUAGAGCACAAUUAUUAUCUCAAGGUCGAGAUAAGAAACCUACUAGUGAUUCUAAUGCUAUAGAAGUCGACAACUCAGUGUUUGAGCAAAGAAAGAAGAAUGUUGAGUCUACUAACAGCAAGCCCAAAAGAGGGAACAAUGCUAAUAAUAAUUAUGGUCCAUCCAGCAAAAGGAUAAGGUUUACUGAAUCUAAUGGUGAAUUUGGUGGUAAGAAUAAUUCAUAUGUUUCAUCUUUAUUUACUUCUAAUCAACAAAGCUCGACUUUGAAGGAAAGCUCACAAUCCGAAAAUACUACUUAUUUACCAUCCAAUGCACCAUUGAAGGAUGCAACUACUUUUGACGGAUUGGGAUUGAACGACAAACUUACUAAACAUUUAACCGAUACAUUGAGAUUCAAGGCACCAACAAAAGUUCAAAGAUCAGUCGUCCCUAAUUUGUUAUCAACAGAGAAUGACCUUUUUGUCAAAGCUCAAACAGGUUCAGGUAAAACAUUAGCUUUUCUUUUACCAAUAAUGCAUAAGUUGAUGUCAGAAAAUACAUCUAAAAUUACUAGAGAUUCAGGUUUAUUUGGAAUUAUUCUAACCCCAACUAGGGAAUUGGCUACUCAGAUUUAUGGAGUGAUGGAAACUUUAGUCAGAUGUCAUCAUCAUAUUGUUCCAGGUAUAGUAAUUGGGGGUGAAAAGAAAAAAUCAGAGAAGGCUAGAUUAAGAAAAGGUGUUAAUAUUUUGGUUGCUACUCCAGGGAGACUUGCUGAUCAUAUGGAAAAUACUUCAUCAUUUGACGUUAGUCAAUUGAGAUGGUUGAUUUUAGAUGAAGGUGACAGAUUAGUUGAAUUGGGAUUCGAAGAAACAAUUACAAAAAUCACCAAUAAUAUCACAAGAGAAUCCAAAGUUAUGGAAACAAUGCACAAAUGGCAAGGCUUGCCAAAUAAAAGAGUCAAUGUUCUUUGCUCUGCUACUAUUCAAGAUGAUGUUAAAAAAUUGGGUAGUAUUGUUUUAAAUAAUCCAGAAAUGAUAAGUGUUAACAGUGGGGCUUUACCGGGUACUACCAGUUUUGACAAUGAAAUUGGAGAUAGAAAUGAAGACUCUUCUUAUAAUAAUGCAACCGCUCCUGAUCAAUUAGUUCAAAGAGUCGUUGUUGUUCCUCCAAAAUUAAGAUUGGUUACCCUUGGUGGGAUCUUAAAAAAAAUUAGUAAAGACAACGAUAAUUUAAAGGACGGUUCCACUACAAGAACAAUUGUGUUUUUCUCCUGUUCAGAUUCUGUUGAAUAUCAUUUCGAUGUAAUGACCAGGAAUGGUAAAAAAUUCAAAAAAAUGAAGGACUCAGAGACCGAUAAAAUUCAAUACAUUGAAGUGCCCCACAAUCAAGAUGAUGAUUCUGAAGAUGCAGAAGGAACCGUAAAUCCAAGUAUGUUGACCACGCCAAUGAUCGGCGAUAAUACCGUUACUUAUAAACUUCAUGGUUCGUUAUCACAACAAGUUAGAACUUCAACUCUUCUGGCAUUCAUAAAGAAUGAUGGCAUUAACUCAUCCAAGCAUGCUAUUUUAUUCUGUACCGAUGUUGCAUCCCGUGGUUUGGAUUUACCAAACAUCUCGAAUGUCGUUGAGUUCGAUCCACCAUUCAGUGUUGAAGAUCAUUUACAUCGUAUUGGACGUUCUGCAAGAUUGGGUCAAACUGGUUUUGCAACUCUUUUCCUUUUGCCAGGCCCUGAGGAAGGAUACGUCGAAGGUAAAAUCGAAUCGGUUCAUCCAAAGAAAGGUAAUCUUAGAAUCGUGAAAUAUGAAAACUUCUUGAAAGAAGGUUUUGCAGAAGAAGAGAGUGAUGAAGGAAAAAAGGAAAAGAAGAAUGGAAAACCGGACCCGAAACAAAAACAAGGUAAAUGGGAUAUUCAUGCAACAACUUGGCAUUUAGACGUUGAAAGAUGGUUAUUAGAGGAUACAUCUGCUCAUGAUAAAGCAGUUCAAGCUUUUACAUCACAUAUCAGAGCUUACGCAACUCAUUUAUCUUCAGAAAGACAAUUUUUCAAUGUAAAACUUUUACAUUUUGGUCAUUUAGCGAAAAGUUUUGGUUUAAGGGAAACACCCAAGAAGUUAGGUAAGACAAUUGGGACAAACAUUAAUAAAGAAAGUACAGGGAAAACAAAAGUUAAGAAGGAAGACCCAAAGAAAAAAAUGAUGAGAAUGGCUAGGAUGGCUGUGAAAUCAACUACUGACGAAUUUAAUUAUUAA